AUGAAAUUAGAAAUUUGGCCUGAAGCCAUUAAAGCAGCUAAGAACAGGCCUUUGAUGUUGUCCGCAUUAGGUGGACUAAUUUGGUAUUUACGUUCGUUGAAGCUUGAUGAGGAGUUAGUAUCAUUACGAAAUUUCAAAUUAUAUGAUCCAAUUCGUCAUAGCUCUUCGCUUAUUCUCGACGGUCAAACCUUGGCAAACCUUGAAAUUUUCGAAAAUAAUUUGGAUGGAACCGAUCAAGGAACUGUGUUCAAACUGCUGAAUCAUUGCGUCACGCCUUUUGGUAAAAGAACAUUUAAACAAUGGUUAUGUCAUCCGCUUCGAAAUGUAGAAGAUAUCAACGAACGAUUGAAUGCAAUUGAAGAAUUAAAUAAGCAUUCGGAUUUUCGUGAAUUAUUUGAUGAAACCUUUUUACAUUUUCCAGACCUGGAAAGAUUAAUCAGUCGGAUUCAUGCAGGAACGUGCAAAGUAAAAGACUUCUUGCUCGUAUUAUCCGCUUUUGAAAAAUUAAUGUCAGCGGUAACAAAACUUGGAGCCUAUGCAAAAAAAUUUCAUUCGGUCAAAUUGCUUGGAUUAUUUAGGAAUGUGCCCGACUUAUCUAUCAUGUUGUUAUAUUUUAAGGAAGCUUUCGAUCAUGAUCAAGCCGAAAAAGAGGGGAAAUUGAUACCUUAUCAAGGUAUUGAACAGGAUCAUGAUACAAUUCAACAAAAACUUGACGUGGAUAUUGGAAAGGAAAUCUAUCAGCUUGAAGUUCCAAAUAACAUAAAAGUUCCACAUGAUUGGAAAAAGUUAUCUCGUACUCAGAAAGUCAAUCGUUAUUGGAAUUCAACACUUCAAAAACUCAUAAGAGACCUUCAGGAGGCACUUGAAACUAAAUCUACUAUUUUAAAAUCUUUACAAGGAAGAUUUUAUGAAAAGUUUGAUGUUCACUACCAGGAGUGGUUAUCUGCUAUUAAAAUCAUUGCUGAGAUCGAUUGCUUGCUUAGCUUGUCUACUAGUUCAAUGGCAUUAGGCGAACCAUCAUGUCGACCUCAAUUUGUUCAAGAUGGGCCGAACGUCUUGGAAUUCGAGGAACUAAGACACCCUUGUGUCAUAACUGGUGUCGCAACAGAUUUCAUACCAAAUGAUACAUCCUUGGGAGGAAAUGAGCCAAAUAUAAUAUUAUUGACCGGUCCUAACAUGGGUGGCAAGUCUACACUCUUGCGUCAGAAUUGUGUAGCGAUAAUUAUGGCACAAUUGGGGUGUUAUGUGCCAGCGAAAAGGUGUCGAAUGACACCCUUUGAUAGAAUUUAUACACGCAUUGGCGCAAAUGAUAACAUUCUAGCAGGACAAAGUACUUUCAUGGUAGAAUUAAGCGAAACUUCAAAGAUUUUACAUGAAGCGACUCCAAGAUCUAUGGUCAUUCUUGAUGAGUUAGGCCGUGGUACUUCAACAUUUGAUGGAUAUGCCAUUGCUUAUUCUGUCUUACAUUAUUUGGCGACGUACAUUGGUUGUUUGGGAUUAUUUUCUACUCAUUACGGCAUGUUAACGCAAGAGUUUUCCAAGAAUCCCAAUAUCGCUCUCAAACACAUGAGCUGUCAAGUGGACCAACAAAAAAAGGAAGUCACUUUUCUUUACAAAUUAGUAGCUGGUGUGUGUCCUAAAUCAUACGGAAUGAACGUGGCUAGUAUGGCGGGAGUUCCGCGAGGAAUUGUAGAUCGUGCAGAAGUUGUUGCUGCCAAAUUUGAACAAACUUCUCACUUACAUGAUACUUUAACUGCUAACGGCUCAAAUAUCGCAAUUUCAGCGCAAUGCGAUUUUGUAUAUAUAUUGAAAUAUGCGUUCAAAAAAAUUAUUUCAUCUGAAGAUGAUGUGGGUGAUAGAGCAUUGGAUAAUCAGACUGAACAUGAAAAAGAGGCGAGAAAUGCUAGAGCGUUGAAAGCUAUUAUACGCGAACAACUCGAGGCACAUAUACAAAAUGAAGUUAAAACUCUCAAUUAUUUCGUAGAAUCAUCUAAUCUUUUUGGAUGUUCUUUGCAUGUCGUUUUGAGAAUCUUUCCUGACUGGAAAAAAGAGGACCUGGAACUAGUGCAAUUUAAAGACGGAAUUACAAAUAAACUUAUCAAGUGUACCAAUAAAGCUCUUAAUUUUUCUGUCUUAAUUCGAGCUUAUGGUAAUAAAUCUGAAGUUUUAAUUGAUAGGAAACAAGAAAUUUAUAACCUUGUUACCUUGUCGAGUCUAGGAUUAUCACCACCUCUUUACGGGCGUUUUAAUAACGGGCUAGUAUAUGGUUUUAUAGAAGGAACAGCAUUUUCUGUUUCUGAUUUAAGUGAUUCAUACAAGUCUUCAUUGGUUGCCGAACAUUUGGCCAUUUGGCAUAACGUGAAUAUUGUAGGAGAAAAGAAACCAAAGUUGUUUGUUACUUUAAAAAAAUGGCUUAAAGAAGUGCCAACUUCUUAUGUCAACCCGGAAACUAACGAAAACUAUCGAGGUUUUGAUAUCGGAAAUCAUUUUUGUGAAUUCGCCGGGUUUGAAUGUGAUUAUAGUUUAUAUCCCGAUAAAAAAUUUCAAUUGCAAUGGUUAAAACAUUACCUUAACACAUUUAAUUCUGCUAAAGGAGAAGUGUUGAGAAACAAUGAUGAUGUCACAGAUCAUGAGCUUUCUACAUUAUAUCGGGAAGUCAAUAAAUUUGCAUUAGCUUCUCACUUUUAUUGGGGACUUUGGGCUAUGAUUCAAGCCCAACUAUCCGAUAUUGAUUUCGAUUAUAUGGAAUACGCGGUUUUGCGUUUUAAUGAAUAUUAUAAACGGAAGAAUGAAUUUUUAUCAUUAUAG